AUGUCCGAUUGCCCAGGUCACCACAUUCUCUACGUGGGUGGCGUCUCCAGCCAUGGAGGAGCUGGAAACGAGGAUGCAGAGACCUGGUUUCCUGUGAAGUCAAUUCUGAGCGUGGGACCGCGGCACGCACGCCUGCUGGGGCUCGGUGGGCCCCAGCCCGUCCCGGAAGGCCUCAGCUCUCCGCACUGGGGUGUUUCACUGUCUGUCUGCAGCAGCUCCAUAUGCAAGGACCUGCCUUGUGUUCAUCCUUCAAAACGUUCCCAGCAUCUGGCGCAAAGUGUCAUAGAGCCUCGGUCUGCGUAUCUCAGAUGUGGGUUCCGUCCCCAUGCGUGUGGUCGUCUCUCAGCCAAGAUGGAUUCCGGUGACGAGGCCUAUGGGUCCAUUGAGUCGGUGAUGCCGUCCAACCACCUCAUCCUCUGCUGUCCCCUUCUCUUCCUGCUUUCAGUCUUCCCCAGCAUCAGGGCCAGGCAAGUCCCCAAAGACACAAUUUAUUUAACACACAUUGAUACACAGUCCUCAGCCCCACAGACUGAAGUCUCAAGCCCAUGCUUCCUCUCUGGACCUCCCAGUCAGGCCAGUUUCGGGGUCCCCUAUUCCAGUGUCCACAUUCCCUCUUCAAGCCCCUGGGUGAUGGAAGCAGGCUCAGGUAGUUGCCAUGGAAACCAGUGCUCCCGUGAGCUGCAAAAUGAUUUCUGA